GCUGUGCAGUCUGCAGUUGCCACUAUGCAACAGUUUUAUGGAAUCCCAGUAACAGGAGUUUUGGACCAGACAACUAUUGAGUAAGAUUAAUAUAGGCUACUUUUGUCUUUCUCUUUCUUAAUGCAUUGUCAUACUUCCUGGGUAAUUAUUCCAGGUGCAAGAAGUCCUCAAAAGGGAUAGAUUUGCCUGACUGACUGUAUCAGAAAAGUCUUGAUUAUGAAAAGAUGUCUCUAACAAAACCUGUGGACAAUUCCACUUUUCUUUUUGCCAACAGUAUUUUUUGUGAGUGUGAGGAGAAGCUCUUGUUACUGUUGUCCUUUGAACACAGAUCCCCACUGCUGGUGCACAAUCAAAGCAUGAAUCCUGUGAGCUCCUGAAAGUGGAAGACAACAAGGGUUUAAUUUAUUUCCAUCCCUGUCUGAAUUUAGGUUAAAAUUCUGUCUCCAGUAAUUGCUUCUAAUCUAUUUCUUAAUUACCUGGAUUGUGUAUCUCCAUAGAUGCUAUUUGUGGAGAUACAUAGUUUGAACUGAAGUGAGUUGUUCUGAUGUAGUCUGAUGACAGUAGUCAAGGCUACUUAGCUGCCCACAGUUGCCAUUUGUUGAACAUUGGAUGUUCUCUGGUGUACGUUGACCAUGUGUUGUUGUUUGUGAUCAGAGUUUUGAUAGCUCAGAAGCAUUGGUGUAAACCACUGGGGCUGGAGGGACUUUGUUUUUUAGUCUUCUCUUCAGUGUGGGCUGCAAAGGGUGGUAUGGAAGUGGCUCCUUGUCUGGUUGUGUAGUAGCUGGAUCCAUCUGCUGUUGGUCUGGGGAGCAUCUGCUAACUAAAGCAGAAUGCAGAGAGGGUCUUCCUAAGGCUUUCUGGGGAAAAAAGCAUCUCAUGAUGAGCAAAAAGAGAAAGCUCAAUGGAACUUGCUUGGGCCUUGCCUGGUUGUCCCUUGCCCUUGCUACAUUAGCAGACCCUUCAGAGCAUGCCCUGCCUGGCUCUUCAUUUCUCCUUGUAGGGCACACUGCUGGCAAAAGGGACAUGGUAGCACAAAAGAAAGGGCCACAAAGUAACCAAAUAAUGUAAAGAACAAAGGGGUUUGGUUUUUUGCCUUCCAGACUGCAGGAAGAGGGAGAAAUAGAAGAAAUUAGUGUAUUGGACAGGAGGGGAUCAUCCUGGGCUGGGACUGCCUCUCCAGUGAAUGUAACAUUCUCUCCUUUAGCUCCCAGGAAGAGCCCCUUGUUCUCCAUUGAGGGACAGAGAAAAUCCUAUUUAUUUAUUUUUCAAGUGGAUGAAGAAGCCUCGAUGUGGAGUUCCAGAUCAUCCCCACCUACGUCGCAGCCGGAGGAAAAAGCGGUAUGCACUCACUGGCCAGAAGUGGAGACAGAAGCACAUAACCUACAGUGUACACAACUACACCCCCAAGGUUGGUGAGAUUGAUACAAGGAGAGCCAUUCGUCAGGCCUUUGAUGUUUGGCAGAGAGUGACACCACUUACCUUUGAAGAGGUCCCUUACCAUGAAAUUAAAAAUGACAGAAAGGAGGCAGAUAUUAUGAUAUUUUUUGCUUCUGGUUUCCAUGGAGACAGUUCUCCCUUUGAUGGAGAGGGUGGAUUCCUGGCUCACGCUUACUUUCCUGGACCGGGAAUUGGAGGUGACACUCACUUUGAUUCAGAUGAGCCAUGGACCCUGGGAAAUUCUAAUCAUGAUGGGAACGAUCUCUUCCUGGUCGCAGUCCAUGAGCUGGGGCACGCACUGGGUCUGGAACACUCCAAUGAUCCCAGUGCUAUCAUGGCUCCUUUCUACCAGUACAUGGAAACACACAACUUCAAACUGCCCCAGGAUGACCUCCAGGGAAUUCAGAAAAUCUAUGGUCCUCCUAUAGAGCCCCUGGAGCCAACCAGGCCUUUACCAACUCUUCCUGUUCGCAGAAUUCACUCCACUUCGGAAAGAAAACACGAGAGACAGCCACGACCUCCCAGUCCUCCUCUGGGUGAUAGGCCAGCUCUUCCUGGCUCCAAACCGAACAUCUGUGAUGGCAACUUUAACACUGUGGCUCUGUUUAGAGGAGAAAUGUUUGUUUUCAAGGAUCGCUGGUUCUGGCGUCUGCGCAACAAUCGGGUGCAGGAGGGGUAUCCCAUGCAGAUUGAGCAGUUCUGGAAGGGCCUCCCUGCAAAGAUCGACGCAGCCUAUGAGCGCUCUGAUGGCAAAUUCGUUUUCUUCAAAGGAGAUAAGUACUGGGUUUUUAAGGAGGUGACGGCAGAGCCAGGCUACCCUCACAGCCUGGUGGAGCUGGGGAGCUGCCUGCCCCGGGAGGGCAUCGACACGGCACUGCGCUGGGAGCCUGUGGGCAAAACCUACUUCUUCAAAGGGGACAGGUACUGGAGGUACAACGAGGACAAGAGAGCAACGGACCCGGGAUACCCAAAGCCCAUCACCGUGUGGAGAGGAAUCCCUCAGGCUCCUCAGGGGGCUUUCAUCAGCAAGGAAGGCUUUUACACCUACUUUUACAAAGGGAAGGAGUACUGGAAGUUCGAUAACCAGAGGCUGAGUGUGGAGCCAGGCUACCCCAGGUCGAUCCUCAAGGACUGGAUGGGCUGUAACCAGAAGGAUGUUGAGCGGAGCAAGGACCGGCGCCUCCCGCAUGACGACGUGGACAUCAUGGUGACAAUAAAUGACAUGCCCAGCACUGUCAAUGCUAUUGCAGUGGUCAUCCCCUGCAUCCUGUCUCUGUGUAUCCUUGUCCUGGUAUACACAAUCUUCCAGUUUAAAAACAAAGAGGUGCAGCAAAAUGUUGUGUACUACAAAAGACCUGUCCAGGAAUGGGUAUGACACAGCCUGCUGCACAUUUUAACUCAUUGAGCUGAUAAGGACUAUGGACACACACAAAAAAGAGGAAAAAAAUGCAUUGAAAAGCCUACCAAACAAAACUACUUCAGUGACCUACAAGUUUUGGACACCCUGGGAUGGAAAUAAGCAGAAAAACUGGAAAAAAUACAGGCAGGCAACCUUGCGGUGUAGAGCCACUUUCCUUUGUACUGCUUUGGUCACCUGCCGAUCAUGGUGCCAUCCACCGGCUCACUCUGCCAGCACCAGUCUUCAAGACAGGUUUCAACUGAUCUGGGAAACUUCCUUCAGUUCCCUGCACCAGUGCUCCCUGUUAAACCCAGCAUUCUCCAGUGUAGCUAAACCACCUCUGAACAGAACCAUUUUUUUAAUAGCUGUCUCAUAAAUUAAUUAAGAUCAUGAAAUCUAUGAACAAAAACAAUUUCAGUGUCAUAAGCAGAAGACAUUCUGAUGCUGAAUCAUUCUAAAAAAUCUUAGUUUAUUAAAAAAUCCAGGGAUCUACCUGGAUACAAUUUUCCAAUACCUGCUGGUCAGAUGUUUUGUACAUUCAUAAGUAAUCAAUGCUGCCACUCAGCACAGUGCACAAGGAACCACCGAGCACUCCCCAAGAGGUACCGGAAUGUGGAGCAGAAGCUCAAGAAGCGCCAAACCAGACACCUGGCAACAUCAAGCCCUAGAUUGGGACAAUCUGAAGACAAAGUAAUUGGGUCUAAAAAAAACCCCAAUCAUGUUUUUUUGUUUUGGGAGCCAAUCAUGAAAGAAAUAUUUAAAUGUCAUGUAAGUUGGGUUAAUCUGCCGCCAGCAAGAACCCUGGAAACAAUGGUUACUGAAAUACCGAGAAUGUGUAUAGACAGACUGCACUCUUCCCGUUAAGACGCUGGGAAAAGAUGAGUUGUUGUUCCGUGGCAUGUGUAACUAGAUUGUGGAAUUUGUAUGUUGGGUUUCAGGAGAAUGGAAAUGUUUGUUUGGAGUGAAGUCGUUCAUUAUAUUUUGCUGAAAUAAUCAAGGUACAGUAAGAAUUAGACCUGUUUAUAAAACUAAAUCCAACCCCUGUAGAUGUUACAAACGUUGUAUGCCUUCAGAUUUUGAGGCUUUGUUUCACUUACUUCUUCACAGGCAAAUAUUUGGCAAGGACCAUAGGAAGCAUGCCACACAGUAGAAUGAGUUUACCACGUAUGAAAGAGCCAUAAAAAUCAGGUAAAGGCAAGAAAAAUACCUAGCUUUCAGCUAUUAACUUUCCACAGAUCUCUUCCUACAACAGUAGCUUCUGCUUGUCCCUUUUAUAGUUGUUAGUGGUUCAGGACAUGGUGCCCUAACCACAAACUUCUGAUUUUCAUGUUGAUGCUGAUAUUUUUACCAUGUUCAGUAAGAGUGGAAGUCUUUUCCAAUGCAGUGUAACGGUGAAGUCCAGCACUGUACAGAAGUGCCAUCCAUGUUAGCACAGGAUUUGCUUUGCCCGCUCACCAUGGGGAACAGGUGAUUAACCUAAACCCUCUGCCUAUAACUGAAUUUUAUUGAGUGCAAUGGAAGUGCAAUGCACAGAAUGUCCACUUAGUAUAGAAAAAGUAGAGCUUUGUAAUGUCAGCUCUGAAAAAAACCCCCAGGGACAACAAACACGCUAAAAGUAUUCCUAAUUACAAUGAGGAACAAAGCAGCAGAGAGAUCGUUAGCAUUCCGGAUUGCUAAUUAGUGCUCAAAUAUUGCUCUGGUGAAGCAGGAUAGACACAUAGAUUCGUCUGGUGAAGCCCACUAGGACUGCAUUAACGUGUGGUCUCAAACUGUAUUUUGUCCUCCAUAACUGAUUUCCAUAGCCAAGCUGUUUAUUGUGUUUGAACAUAAACUAUUACCAACAUAUUACAAAGUAAGCGAGAAGCUCAUAGAUGCGAAACUUUGAACUGUAGUGACAAAAUGUGCUAACGUCUCAUGAUGAGUGAAGGAGUGCGAAGGACCAAACGAAAUCAGAGCUACUGAUCAGACACCCCCACGCUACUCCGUGUUGCUCUGUGUACCAGAGGUGUGGUGGGAUACACCACGGAUGCUACAGCCACAUGGCACCUCGGGCUCAUCUGUACGCUGCCAUCUCACCGGGACUGCGACAGCCCAAACCUUUGAGCAACUUCCAACAGCCAUCAUUUAAAAAAAAAAAAAUUAUAAAAAAACAAAUUUACA